AUGAUCAACGUUACUGUAGCGAAUGAAGGUGGAAUACUGUGGAAUUGGCAACUAUUGCGAGAUGUAUUCGAUUGGGGCAUUUGGAAAAUAUUCGGACAAGUAGCCGAACCAUAUAAAAAUAAUGCUACCGAUAUGGAUGUAGUUAGCGAAAAUGAUGCUUAUGGCACAUUUGUUUUCUUAUAUACAGUUGCUUUCGUAGUAAUAUCAAAUGUACUUCUUUUGAACAUUCUUAUCGCGAUGUUUAAGUGA